ACUUAUGCAUGUGACCAGUGUGAAAAGUCCUUCCGCUACAGCUCUGACCUUCUCAGGCACGAGAAGACUCAUACUGCAGAGAAAUUCUUCCAGUGCCAAGAAUGUGKACAGKCCUUCAAKUAUUCYUCGAAUCUGYGGAGACACCUGAGAACUCACACUGGAGAGAAGCCCUUUGAAUGCAGUCAGUGUGGGAAAACCUUCACCAGGAACUUCAACCUGAUUCUGCACCAGAGAAACCACACAGGAGAGAAGCCCUAUGCAUGCAAGGACUGUGGGAAAGCCUUCAACCAGCCCUCAUCUCUCUGGAGCCACAUGAGAACACACACUGGAGAGAAGCCCUUCACUUGGAGCCAGUGUGGGAAAGCCUUCAGGGAACUCUCGUCAUUGAAGACACAUCUGGGGACCCACACCAGAGAGAAACCCUAUGAGUGCACCCAGUGUUGGAAGCCCUUCAGGACCAGCACACACCUAAAUGUGGACAAGAGAAUCCACACGGGGGAGAAGCUCUAUGAGUGUGCGACCUGCAAUCAGGUCUUGAGUCGUCUGUCCACCCUCAAGAGUCACAUUUUGACACACAUGGGAUAGAAGCCCUACCAGUGCCAGGAGUGUGGACAAGCCUUAAGUGAGCCCUCGUCCCUCAGGAAACAUGCGAGGACUCACAGCGGCAAGAAGUCCUAUGCGUGCCAGGAGUGUGGGCGAGCUUUCUGCUAGCCUUCACACCUCAUUGUGCAUGUGAGAACCCACACCUCGGGGAGACCCUACCAAUGCAAUCAGUGUGAGAAAGCCUUCAGGCACAGCUCCUCACUUGCCAUGCACAAAAGGACCCACAGUGGCAGAGAGAACAUCAGGAAAGAUGGCUUGCCUUUGUCAGUGUCUCAUUGCUACAGUGGCCCCUCGUCAGUUAGCUGUGGGUUUGUAGAAGUGUAA